AUGUCAAAAAUAAAAAGCAAGAUCCAUUAUUAUCCUGAUGGAGACCUUAUCAUCAUCGUGGAUUUAAGAGUGUUUUGUGUUCAUAAGACUGUUUUAAGUCUUGCUUCAACCGUAUUUAAAGACAUGAUCUCUAACGCGAGUCCAACUCCUAUCGAUGAUCAACUCAUAAUUGAAAUCACCAUCAACGACGAAUCAGCAAAGGAUUUUGAAGAAGUUUUAUCAUUUAUUUAUCCUUCUGUCUAUAUUACUAUUAACUGGGACAAUUUGGUUGAAAUGUUUAGGCUUUCUGAUAAGUUUAAGAUGCAAGUCAUUUUUAUGUCGGCGAAAACUUUCGCGAUGGAGAAAUUACAAGAAAACCCUUUACUUUUCCUUUCCUUAUCUGAAAAGUAUAGGCUCAAAAAAUUAUUCAAGGAGGCAUCUAAGCUUAUCAUUGAUGACUUUAUCGAGUACAAGGAGGAACCUUCUUUUCAGAAAUUGUCGAAUGAAACGAUAUUAGCACUUUAUAAGAAACAUCAUGAAUAUGUGCUUAACCUACAUCAUCUUGAUGUAGAAGACCUAAAACGCGAUUAUACACCAACAAUUAAAUGUAAUUGUGUCACAGAUGAGACGGAUAAAUUGUUUAAAAGGUUGAAGAAGAUUAAAAGAUUUGAAACUCCAACGCCAUCAAAAACAUAUAAAAUACUUUGUACCAUUAGUGAUCAAGAAUCAAAAGGUUUUAGUUGUAUAAUAAAUUUUUUUAAUGUUCAUCUUCCAAAUAGGUUUAAAGAAAUAUUUGGUAAAGUGGAAUCAUUGGAUUCGGAGAGGAGCAAUGAUAAUGCUAACCGAUAUCUCUUUAUUGAAAUGGAAGGAUGA